AUGGCUACAUUAAGAGUGCUGCGACAGAACGGAAGAUCCAAUCCAGCGCCUAUAAUGAUAUCUUCUAAGAAAUCAGUUGCAAUUGUGAGUACCUUGAUUAUAUGUUUUGGUGCCGUAGCAUAUUUUCAUUCGUUCCAUACUACUAGUACAGAAACAACUCGUAGCACGAUCGGCAAACUCAACGGUAAAGGAGAUGAAAGUAAUAUAGAAAGAGACGAUAAAGAUGAGAAUGAAGAUGAUCUAUUCUGCGCAGUAUUUAAUCCUUUAAGUGGAACGUAUAUCGAUUUAUCUCAAUUGUCAUCUACUCCCAACAAACCAUUAGUGGACGACGGGAAAAAGGGAAGUAAUACGGGAAGCACAAAAAAUCCACCUAAAUCGAGAUGGAUGAUAAGAGGAUGGGACUAUGAUACAAAUUUCACGUUAGGCAUCUGCUCCAGUCCUGUUACUGCACAAGAGGAGCCCCAGUUAGAUAAUCACACCGGUGGAUUCUACACAGAUCCCAAGGACGAAAGCAAGUUGGUUUCAAUUGGUGAUUUUGCAACCAAACCAAAGGUGAGCGGAAACAGGAAACUUACUUUGCAGUAUCAUAACGGCUCUAUGUGUCCGAACAAAGUAGACAGGAAAUCUACGCUUCUUUACUUUGUCUGUGACAAGGAAAUAUCUGCAAAGGCUCAGAUGACAUAUAUUGGCAACCUGCACGAAUGUUCAUAUUUUUUCGAGGUAAGAAGCAUAUACGCAUGCCCCACAACCAACAAGAGCAAAGAGGUCAACGUUCUGGGAAUUUUCGUGGGAAUAUUUGCGGUGUUCUUCAUUGUGGAAUACGGGGGCAGAAGAUGGCUCUACGGCAAAAUGAAAACCCAUUUCAAUUCCUCGGGUCUCGCAUCGUCCUCUUCGGGAUUAUCCUCAUUGUCGCCAUCUCAAGGCCUAAAUUUGUCCAACGAGAGAAGUUUCCGUCCGCGCUGGGAGUACAUUGAACGUGAACCCAAAUGGAAAUCCAUCUUCAAGACCCUAGGAAAUCUGCUCACAACAGGAUUGCGAGCUCCAAGGAAAUAUGUUAAACCAACAUUAGGUGCUGGUGGUCCAAUACGGCUCAGCUCCCAGAGCACUAGAGGCCAUGACUCAUUUUUACAAGACAUGGAACAGCAAAACAAUAUUCUAGAUAGUUUAGAGGUAGCUACCAGUGAUAGCAACAGCACAAUUGAUUCGACAACAAGAAGACUAGAUUGA